AUGAACGUUGGCAAUCUCAAGGAUUCAAAGGAUCCAUGUAUGACAGAACAGAAUCCUAAGAAGAGGCACCCUGAUGACUUCAAAUCACUGGGUCAUCCUUUGCAGGUGAAACCCGUGGAGAAGCAAACCCUCAAGAGUCCACCAACCGUCUUGUUCAAGCCUUCUCCAGAGACACCCCUACUCCUCUCAAGAGUCCACCAACCGUCUUGCUCAAGCCUUCUCCAGAGACACCCCUACUUCUCCCAAGGUUCAAUUGAUUCUCCGUCCAAGCCCAAAAGGCACCCUGAUGAACUCAAACCACUGGGUCAUCCUUUGCAGGUGAACCCCUUGGAGAAGCAAACCCUCAAGAGUCAACCAACCGUCUUGCUCAAGCCUUCUCCAGAGACACCCCUACUCUGCUCAAGAGUCCACCAACCGUCUUCUUCAAGCCUUCUCCAGAGACACCUCUACUCUGCUCAUUGUGUCCACCAACCGUCUUCUUCAAGCCUUCUCCUGAGACACCCCUACUCUGCUCAAGAGUCCACCAACCGUCUUCUUCAAGCCUUCUCCAGAGACACCUCUACUCUGCUCAAGAGUCCACCAACCGUCUUCGUCAAGCCUUCUCCAGAGACACCCCUACUCCUCUCAAGAGUCCACCAACCGUCUUCUUCAAGCCUUCUCCAGAGACACCUCUACUCUGCUCAAGAGUCCACCAACCGUCUUCUUCAAGCCUUCUCCAGAGACACCCCUACUCCUCUCAAGAGUCCACCAACCGUCUUCUUCAAGCCUUCUCCAGAGACACCCCUACUCUGCUCAAGAGUCCACCAACCGUCUUCUUCAAGCCUUCUGGAGAGACACCCUAUAAUAGAAGACAGAGGCCACAAACUACAUCUUGAAGAGUUGACUACAUGGAUCUACAAUCAAAGAGAUCAACUAAUCCAGACAGAGAGUGUCGGAUCUCCAAUCGAGUUCCAGUCCAUCACCAGUGGAGAUGCAGUGUUGGUCAACAGUAAUUUAGCGUUUGUAGCUUUGAAUUUAUAACUACUUGUAUCUGGGAUGGAUCUGAAGGUCUAAUAUAAUAUCACCAAGAUAAUGAAGGCUUUUCUUGAAAGCAUCAAUGUCUGCAAGAUUGAAAUGUGCACAUCCUGAGUGUGGUGAAUCAUUCAUACUUCCCUU